AACUCCUAUGAAAACAAAAGUUCGACUACGCAAAUUGAUUUUGAUAACUUGACAAAAAGAAUUGUCGAGCUCAAACUCGGAAAUGAAACUAAACGAACCUCUUUCCUUUAUCAGCAUCUAAAUAAUGAAUCUAAAGAAAAUGACGCAAAGAAAAAGACGUCCUCGGAUACACGACGACAUCCUUCUAUUCCUAUGAAGGAUAUUAUUAAAAUUUUGACCGACGAUAUGCUUGGACAUGUGUAUAACAAAAUAUACGGUAAUUGGGUAUGCUGUGAUCGGAAACAUUGUUAUGAAGAAUGGCAAGAUAAAAAACGGAACUAUAUAGAAUGGCAAAAAGAAUUCACCACGAAUCAACUUAAAAAUUCUCUUGAAAAAACGCCAGAAGAAAUGACAGUUUUUUUUGUCGAAUUUUGUAAAAAAUGCUGCAUAUACACGCGCAUGUAUAACGAUAAUCCUAAAAUAAUCUCCAGUUUUCGUUUAUAUCAAUAUCUACUGCCGUCAACGCCAACAACGAACGAAAAGCCCGACCUCGAGAUUAUUGUUCAUCUAGUAUGGAACAACUUUUACAGAGUAUUCGGUUAUUGGAAAUGUUCAUAUUGUGGUAAAUCGUGGUGCAGUGCUUAUGCCUGGAUAUCACUUGAAAAAUAUAUUUAUCAAACUGAAGGAACAAAAUUGGAAGCAAUACGCGAUUUUUAUGCGCAAAAAUGCAAAAGAUGUAACAAAAGCAAGAUAGAGAGCUAUAUUACGCGUUACGAGCCUCUCGAAUAUUCGCCAGAUGGAUCCGUACAUAAAGAAAGUUUAUGUGCUAAGUGCCAAAGUGGUUCUCCUUGUCAUUUAACUGGCACUUACUUUGGUUAUAAUUCUAGAUGA